CUUGGUUGAUAUCGAAAUCCAACAUUGGUGGAAGAAACGUACGCGCUUCAGAAUCAUUUCACAUUGAGUUAGUCUCGAGAUUGCACGCAGUGUGCAAUCUCUAAAACAAAACAGUUUUAUUUUUAAAUGAGAUCAAUCUACGUUUUUCUAUUAAUCUGUUAGAUUUUUGUACAUCGGUUUUGUGUUUUAUUUUAAGCAAAGAAGUGGAGUGCAUUGUUAUUUUUUUCUAAAGACAUCAACAGUAACAAACAAGAUGUCUAUGAAAUUCGACGAAAAUAAGAUCCCCUUCAUUGAUCUGGGUGAUGGAUACAUUAUCCGUUUGGAAAAGGAGGAAAUUGAGGGAAAAACCCGCGAAAAGGCUUUUAUUGAGCUAAGAGAAACGGAAGAUCUGAAGCAAAAGAGUUUUAUGCAAUUACGACAACUGCUCGAAGAAGAGAAGGAUCUGAACGUUCCCUUAUCUGAGGAUGCUUUUCUCCUUAAAUUUUUAAGACCAUGCAAAUUUUAUCCAGAAAGUGCAUUGGAAAGAAUGAAGAAAUACUACAAAUUCAAGAUCAAGUACAAGAAGUACGCUGAAGAUCUUGUACCACGAACUGUGAGACAUGUUUUUGAGAAGGAAGUCAUCUACUUGAGUCCAUUGCGAACAAGGAAUGGCUGUAGAAUUCUCAUUGUGGAGAUAAAGAAAUGGAAACUUAAUGAGUGCUCUCUGGAUGAACUAUUCAGAACGGUGGAGAUUUGCUUGGAAGCCGCAAUGGCUGAACCCAAAACUCAGGUGAAUGGCGUAGUUGUGAUUCUCAACAUGGAAGGAUUGUCCCUCUCGCACCUGACACAAUUUAAUCCAUCAUUCGCGGCAAUGCUGAUUCACUGGGUGCAGGAGUGCAUUGGUAUUCGCCUCAAAGAGGUGCACAUCGUUAACAAUUCCUACAUCUUCAACAUGUUAUUUGCCAUCUUCAAACCAUUCCUCAAUGAAAAACUACGCAAAAGAAUUCAUUUUCUCAACAAGGAUUUUAAGACCCUCACCUCGUACAUGGGCAAAGAUUGUCUCCGUCAAGCCUACGGGGGCACCCUUAUGGCUCCUGAAGUAGAUGGAACUCUUCUGGCGGAUCUUUUCCAAUUCCACAGUAAAGAAUAUGAAGCUGCCAGCAACUUUGGGUAUACAAAUAGUUGUAACAGCUAGGGUAGAGUUUUAAACUUAUACUGUUAGAUGUCGCUUGCAACUUUUCCACCUUCCAAUUGAAGUUAUCUCCACGCGUUCUCGCAUUUUGUUUUGUAUGGAUUAUGGACGAAAUAAAGGAAGUGAAAAAUUAA